AUGGAAUCUUUGGCAACAACCAUUCGUUUCGUCACGCUGAACUGCCGAACACUAUCGAGUGAACUCCAACAAGCUGCUCUAUCCAGACCUCUGCGAUAUCUCUGCGUGCCUUUUGCUGCACUGCAGGAAACACACAUGAGAGACCGGCCCGUCAUCAGCAUUGAAAAUUACACCAUAUACUGCGGUGAUGCUGAUGAGAACAAAGUAGGUGGCUUCGCGAUAGCUGUGAGGAACGAUUACAAGAACCUGGUGGAGGAAUUUAGCCCAACGUCGUCUAGAUGCACCUUUUUACGACUGCGGGAUCGCAGAGGACGUAAACUCUGGAUCGUAAGUGCUCACGCACCAACGGAAACCGCUGAGGACAACAGUAAGGACGCCCUCUAUGAUGAACUCAAUGCGUUGAUGUCUAAAAUACCAAGCCAGCAGGUGGUCACUGUCGGAAUCGACGCAAAUGCGAAGAUGGGACUCGAACAGCAAUCCGAUGUGCUAGGAAAAUAG